CCCAAAAAAAAGCCUAAAAAAAAAAAAAAAAAAACAAGUCAGAAAGAUAAAGUGAGGCCAUUUGUAGGAGGCCUUUCAGUUUCAGACACAGAGACAGAGCCGCGGCCAUGGGAGAGUCAAAUGAAUCCGUUUCAGUUAACAUGGAGAAGAUCUGCCUUGGUGGCAAGGAACACAAUGUACAAACUGGCCAUGGUUCCGUGUCUGUUAUAAUCUAUGGAGAUCAAGACAAGCCAGCUUUAAUCACUUAUCCUGAUUUAGCUCUAAAUCAUAUGUCUUGUUUUCAAGGCUUGUUUUUUUGGCCUGAAGCGGCUUCCAUGCUGCUUCAUAACUUCUGCAUAUACCAUAUUUGUCCUCCUGGGCAUGAGUUGGGAGCAGCUCCAAUUUGUCCAGAUGAUCCGGUACACUCUGUUGAUGACUUAGUUGAUCAGAUCCUUGAGGUUCUCAACUAUUUUGGACUUGGCUCAGUAAUGUGCAUGGGUGUGACUGCCGGUGCUUACAUCCUUACUUUAUUUUCUAUGAAAUAUAGGGAACGUGUUCUUGGUUUGAUACUUGUAUCUCCUCUAUGCAAGGCACCCUCUUGGUCAGAAUGGUUUUAUAAUAAGGUGAUGGCAAAUUUACUAUAUUUCUAUGGUAUGUGUGGAUUGGUUAAUGAGUUUUUGCUUCAGCGGUACUUCAGCAAGGAAGUCCGCGGUACGGCUGAAGUUCCAGAGUCAGAUAUAGUUCAAGCAUGCAGAAGAUUGUUGGAUGAGAGGCAGAGCACAAAUGUUUUGCGGUAUCUUCAAGCCAUUAAUAGGAGACCAGACAUCACUGAUGGCCUGAAGAAACUAAAAUGUCGAACCCUCAUUUUCGUUGGGGAUAACUCCCCUUUUCAUUCUGAGGCUCUCCACAUGAUCUCAAAAUUGGAUAAACGAUACAGUGCAUUAGUUGAGGUCCAGGCUUGUGGAUCAAUGGUGACUGAAGAGCAGCCACAUGCAAUGUUGAUACCAAUGGAAUAUUUUUUGAUGGGUUAUGGGAUGUAUAGACCUUGCCAGUUUACAGACAGUCCAAGGAGUCCCCUCAGUCCCUCUUGCAUCUCCCCAGAGCUUCUCUCUCCGGAAAGUAUGGGUUUGAAGUUAAAACCAAUCAAGACUCGAGUUUCGCUCUCAAUGUAGAACACCGUUUUGAUUCACAUGGUGAUUCGAAAACUAUUUGUAAUUUUUUAUUUUUUUUCUUUUCUUUUGGUUCUUUUGUUGAUUCAUUGAGAAGGUUAGGAGCAGUUGGGAGGAGUUAUAGAUACAGGGAGGAAGAGUAUAAAUAUAUUAGGCAGAUGACUUUUAUAAUGUAUUCAUUCAUUUGUAGUCGGUCAUAAAGAAGUCAUUGUGCUGUUUGUACAUUAUAAAAAGAAAAAAAAAAGAAGAGAUUAUUUAUGAUGACGACAAGCAAUCAAUAAUAGAGUUUCCGCGCUCUUUCAAACUUC